UGUGAUGAUCCCUAAAGUACUUUAAGGUUACAAAAAUGUUUCGUAAACUCAAAUAUUCACAUAUUUCGUCUUUAAGCGCCAACUACUCAACCAAAGUCUCAAUAGAUCCAAAUUUAAAGGAAAGCUUUGACGCGCAGAUCUAUAAGCCACGGAAACAUCCAGGAACCAAUCGUGUAAAAAUAGCAUCAAUACCUGCGGAUAUUCGGAAGGCAAUUAAAAUAAUCCUAGACGAUGCACGAGCUAAAUCUUUACAUCAGGAGAGCAUUAAGCUCAAAAACCAUCUGCAGUCUAGGCUACUGCCGCCAGAAGAAAAGGAAAUUAAUUUGAAAGCCGCGCAAAUUCACGACAGCAUUUCACAACGGACAUUCUCUAAAAUAAACAAAGAAUUGAGCCAGGAGGAGUUGCAAAACAUGAAAAAACAGGUACAGAAUACUGUAUUUAAUAUAUUAAAAACGAACGUGUACCGUUGGGGUAAUAUAUCGUACGAUAAACCUACUAGUCUUCAAUAUUUGAUGACCAGGGCUGCCCCGGAAUACGCUGUCUUGGUUCGCGUAUUAGAUGAGAUCAGAAGGGUUCUACCAGAUUACAAGCCACGAAGCUUUUUUGACUUUGGUUCCGGCGUCGGGACCGGUACAUGGGCACUGAACACAUAUUGGAAAGGAGAAAUUUAUGAAUAUUUUUGUGUCGAUACAUCGGCUCACAUGCACGAUUUGGCACGCUUAAUUUUGUGUGAAGGCAAGGACAACGUCGAAUUACCGUAUAAAUGUUAUUACCAGCGUCAAUUUCUACCUGCUUCCACAGAUCUGAGGUACAAUAUAGUUUUGUCCGCGUACUCAUUAUUUGAACUACCCUCGAUGAAAUCAAGAUUAGAAACAAUACAAAAACUAUGGAACAAGACCGAAGAUUUCUUAAUAAUCAUCGAACACGGAACAAAUGCUGGAUUCAGAGCUGUAAACGAAGCCAGAGAAUUCAUUUUGAAUCUCCCAAAAGACAGCAGUAAUAGAGGUUACGCAUUCUCUCCGUGUCCAAACGACAGUGUUUGUCCGAGAUACCUCGACCAUCAAACUCCGUGUAACUUCUUAAUGAAAUACGGAUCGCUAGGCUACCAUUCAAAGUCUGAAGUUUUAGCAGAUUUGUACACAUAUGUAAUUUUAAGGAAAGGUGAUCGACCAAACGACGAUCCACAGUGGCCUAGGAUUGUAAGGGCUCCGAUUGUUAGGUCCGGACACACGAUCUGUCGGAUGUGCACAGCACAAGGAGAGUUAAAAGAAAUUAUAUUUUCUAAAGGGAAGCAUGAUCAGACUAUGUACAGAUGUGCUAGGUCUGCUAAUUGGGGAGAUCUUUUACCUAUAAAAUAAAUAAUUACAACAUA